AUGCGGGAGGAUGCGGGGCGGGGGAUGCCGUGUGGGAUGUGCGGGGGAUGCGGUGCGGAGCGGAGCGCGCAGGCGGUGCCCGCGCCCGUCCCCGCCCGUCCCCGUCCCGACGGGGCGCCCCGCGCGCGGAGCAUCCCCGGAGCAUCCCCGGAGCAUCCCCGGAGCAUCCCCGGAGCAUCCCCCGGCCCCCAGCCACGGCCCCGGGGCAGCUCCGGGCCGCUCAUCGCUCCUUCCCACAGGAGCGGUUUCCUCACCCGGGCCAAGGGUUAUACAUACACCCGGUCUGGGAACCCAAGCCGGCAUGUCCUGGAGAAGGUUAUGACUGCCCUUGAUGGAGCCAAACACCGAGGGCAGCAAAUGGAUUUGAAAAGUUUGGCUUAUUCCUCUGGCAUGGCAGCAAUUCUGAAUAUCUGCUACCUGCUGAAGCCGGGGGAUGCAAUUGUCUGCAUUGAUGAUGUCUAUUCAGGCACGAGGGAAUUAUUUGACAAACUAGAAAAGGAUUAUAAUAUCAAAGUUCGUUAUGUUGACUGCACAGACCUAAAAUUGCUGGAAGCUGCAAUUGCAUCAGAUACCAAGCUGGUUUGGCUCGAGAGCCCCACGAACCCCACGCUGAAGGUGAUCGACAUCAAAGCCUGCGCAGACGUGGCACACAAGUACAAGGAUGUGCUGGUGGCCGUGGACAACAGCUUGAUGUCUCCAUAUUUCCAGCGUCCUUUGUCCCUGGGGGCUGAUAUUUGUAUAUCUUCUGCAACCAAAUACAUCAAUGGGCACUGCGAUGUCCUCAUGGGCCUGGUCUCUGUAAACCGGGAUGAUCUCUAUGAGAGCCUCAAACACCUGCAGUCUCGCCUGGGAGCUGUCCCCUCCCCUUUUGACUGUUACAUGUGCAACCGGGGGCUCAAGACUCUGCACAUCCGGAUGAAGCUGCACUUCAAGAAUGGCCUGGCUGUGGCCAAAUUCCUGGAAUUCCACUCCCGGGUGGAGAAGGUCCUUUACCCAGGGCUGCCUUCCCACCCUCAGCACGAGGUGAUGAAGAAGCAGUGCACAGGCGGUCCAGGGAUCCUCACCUUCUACAUCAAAGGGAAAAAAAAAAAUGCCUCUGCCUUCCUCAAGAACCUGAAGGUAAAAUAAAGACAAUAAAGUCACCCUCAGAGGGAGCUGUAAUUGCCCUGCUGAGG